AUGUCUUCGGAAAAACCAAGUUUUUCUCAUUUGGAGGAUGACAAGAAAGCUCAAAGUACUCAUAUUGAAAUAGGUUCAGAUCUUAAAGGAUCAGAUUCAGAAUUAGGACCUAGUUUUAUUGAAGAAAAUGAAGAUUAUUAUGUUGAUUUACCAGAAUCAUUACAAGAUUUAACUCAAGAAGAAUUAAAACGAUUGGAUAAAAAAACAUUACGAAAAAUUGAUUUAAGGUUAAUGACUAUGUUAAUCACAAUUUAUAUUUUAAAUUAUAUUGAUAGAAAUAAUAUUGCAUCAGCACGUCUUGGUGGAUUAGAAAAAGAUUUAGGAUUAAAAGGUAAUCAAUAUCAAAUUUGUAUUUCUAUAUUAUUCGUUGGUUAUAUUUUAUUUCAAAUCCCUUCAAAUAUGUUAUUAAACAAAUUGGGUAGACCAUCAGCUUAUUUGGCAGUGGUAAUGACGUUAUGGGGAGCAAUUUCAGCUUGUACAGCAGCAGUUACAUCUUUUGGGGGUCUUGUGGCAAUUCGUGCAACUUUGGGUAUUGUUGAGUCGGCAUUUUUUUGUGCUGCUUUGAUGAUAUUAUCUUCAUGGUAUGAUAAAAAGACUUUAGCUUCAAGGAAUGCAAUUUUAUAUGCUGGUUCAUUUAUUAGUUCUGCAUUCAGUGGAUUAUUAGCAGCAGGUAUUUUACAAAUGGAUGGACUUGGUGGUAUUGAAGGUUGGAGAUACUUAUUCAUCAUUGAAGGUUGUUUAACUGUUUUGAUAGCUCCAUUAGCUUAUUGGAUUUUACCUGAUACCCCAUCAAAUACAAAAUUUUUAAAUCAGCAAGAAAAGGAUAUUAUACAAUGGAAAUUGAGAAGAGACUUGGGUAAUGUUGAUGAUUCUGAUAAGGAAGCUCAGGUUACUGAUUGGGAAGGGUUCCUAUUAGCUGUUAAAGACAUAAAAAUGUGGUGUCUUGCGGGAAUGUUAUCAUUUCUCGUAGCAGCUUGUGGGGUUACCAACUUCUUCCCUACCAUAGUUGGAACGCUAGGCUUUACACAUACAAUUACAUUGGUAUUAACCGCCCCUCCCUACUUAGUUGCUUGCAUAGUGUGUUAUCUAUUCGCUAGACAUGCAGACAAGACAGGGGAAAGAUCCUUGCAUAUUAUUUGUCCUAUGAUCUUAGCUAUGAUAGCUUUUAUUAUCGCAGUUUCAACAUUGAAUACAGGAGCGCGCUAUUUUAGUAUGAUUUUAAUGAUUCCUUCAUUAUACUGCAGUUUCAUCGUAAUUUUAACAGCGAUAAGCAAUUCAUGUCCUCGUCCCCCAGCUAAGCGUGCCGUGGCAAUAGCUCUAGUCAAUAGUCUCAGCAACACAACCCUGAUUUGGAAUUCGUUUCUAUAUGGCAGCCAAGACGGACCCAGGUUUGUGAAAGCUAUGAUUUGUAACAUUGUUUUUUUGUGUUUGGCAAUUUUUAUUACAAUCAUUUGGAGAUUCAGAUUAAUGGUAUUGAAUAAUAGAAUCAGCAAAGGAACAAUGAAUUGGGAAAAGGAAUUAGGUAAAGGUAAUGAUGGUUCAAAAAUUUCUCCAAACUUUAGAUACUUAUAUUAG